CCUGCAUGCUGGUAGUAGCGUGCUAUAAGAGAUCGAAUGCUGCUUUCAACACAUCGCCUCUGGCAGCCAGCCUUUACCACCCAGCUACCGCAGAUCCAGCAAACACAAGCAGGGAAAACCACAACAACUUUCAACAGGAACGAGGCUUCAAAUAAAAAAAAUGAAACCUGGAAUAUAGCCCCUUGCUUCUUCAUCUAUUAGUAUACAUUCCUUGUAUUUUAUUUAUAUUUUUAAGCCAGUGACUGACUAAAUAAUGCUCUCUCCGUGGAUAUAAGAAAUUCCGGACACUUCGAGAGACGAUCAGUAAUUUGAGCUAAGAUUUGGCGGAGUGCUCACAAAGAGUUCUGAGGGUUUUUUCUCUCUUCCUCCGCUCUCUCUCUCUCUCUCUUCCUCCUCUCCCUCUCUGCGCUCUCUCUCCCUCCCCUCUCUCUCUCCCUCUCUCUCUCCGAUCGCCACAGCAGUCACUGCAGAGGAACGGGAGAGAGAGGACAGCGCUCAUGCAUGCACUGGGGGGGGAACUCACACUUCCUGCCACCCCAGCGAAAGACACCGGGAUUUGUCAGCUUUCUAUGUCUCUUAGACGAGGAUAACUAAGGACAUUGUAAGUUUGCCAAGAUCUGCCGUCCACCAGGUUCGGGGAAGCUCAAUUUAUUUUUUGCGGAGGAGUAUUUUUCCCCCUUUCUUUCUUUCUUUUUUUGUAGAUUGGCACGUAAUUAGUGUCGGCACAAAGGGAGACGCUGAAUAGAGGGUGUCUGCCUCGGGAAAAGGGGUGAGUGAGAAUCCUUUCAUAUGAGAUCAGUUCGCGAAAAGCGCUAUUCCCCCCCCCUUCCCUCUCCUCCUGCUCUCUGUUAUCUAAAAUGAAAAAAGAGUCUUGGCUUUUUUCCUCCUUAGUUCUUUUCUUUUUGCUGUGGCACGAUUCCUCUUUCAAAUAAACAAAGGCUCACAAGAAAAACUACAACAAAAGAGCAAGAUUCCAGCCACGGAAUGUAUCUGGAACGAACAAAUAAAAAAACACAAAAUGAUGUAGUAUUUGAAUGAUUCGAUGGACUUUUGCCCCACUGCAUGCAGGGAUAUUCAUGCUGAUGGAUUUCCUUCUUGUGGGUCUGUACCUGACGUGGCUGCAGAGGAAGCCCCCUGGAUUGAUACUGUGCUCUCUGGGAGUGUUUCUGAAAAUGCUGCCCGCGGUGGAGGGCGUCUGUCCGAGACCCUGCCGCUGUGACGGAAAGCUUCUGUACUGCGAGGGGCUCAAUCUGACCGACGUCCCCCGCAACCUGAGCGGCGCCGUGGGCUUGUCCCUGAGGGGCAACAGCCUGCCGGAGCUUCGAGACGGACAGUUCGCCAGCCUGAUGCAGCUCACCUGGCUCUACCUGGACCACAACGGCAUCGAGGCGGUGGACGAGGACGCCUUCGAGAGGCUGCGCAGGGUGAAGGAGCUGGACCUGAGCUACAACAGGGUGGAGAGCCUGCCCAACGCCACCUUCAGACCCCUGCCCAACCUCCGCAUGCUGGAUCUAUCGCACAACAGCCUGCAGGCUCUCGAGCCCGACCUGUUCCACGGCCUUAGGAAACUCACCAAUUUGAAUUUGCGCUACAACGCCCUGAAGUUCGUCCCCGUCCGGAUCUUCCAGGACUGCAGAAGCAUGCAGUUCCUGGACCUGGGCUACAACCAGCUGCUGAGCUUGGCACGUAACUCCUUCGCUGGAUUGUUCAAGCUCGCCGAGCUUCACCUGGAGCACAACGAACUGGUCAAAGUCAACCUGGCCCACUUUCCCCGUCUCCUGUCCCUACGCACGCUCUACAUGCAGCAGAACAAAGCCACCAUCGUGGUCAGCACCCUGGACUGGACCUGGCCUUUCCUGGAAAAGAUCGACUUCUCAGGCAACGAGAUCGAGUACAUCGAGCCUCACGUUUUCGAAAGUGUGCCUAACCUGAAAUCCCUGCAGCUGCACCUCAAUAAGCUCACGUACGUCGACCAGAGGAUAGUAGACUCCUGGGCCUCGCUGACCAGCGUCGCCCUCUCUGGCAACGAGUGGGAGUGCAGCCGGAACAUCUGCGCCCUGGCCUCGUGGCUUAGCGGGUUCAAAGGGCAGCAGGACAGCGCCCUCCUGUGCGCCAGCCCGGACACGGCCCAGGGCGAGGACGUUCUGGACGCCGUCCAUGCGUUCCAGCUCUGCGAGGACCCCCAGGAGAGCACCACGCAGGCGUAUGCCUUCACCAACAACCUGGCCCGGGGCUACAGCUACGACGGCCCCACCAGGAACCCUUACGACCUGCAGGAUGUGGAGGGCGGCGAGAUCGUGACCAGCUCCUUCACCGUGACGGAGAACGGCAUCGACCACGACAGCACCAUGCAGAUCCACAAGGUGGUGACUGGCACCAUGGCGCUGAUCUUCUCCUUCCUCAUCCUGGUCCUGAUGCUCUACGUCUCGUGGAAGUGUUUCCCGGCCGGGGUGAGGCAGCUGAGGCAGUGUCUGGGCCGGCAGAACCGCAAGCAGAAGCAGAAGCAGAGCAUGCAGCAGAUGGCCGCCAUGUCGGCGCAGGAGUACUACGUCGACUACAAGCCCAACCACAUGGAGGGCGCCCUGGUUAUCAUCAAUGAGUACGGAUCUUGCACCUGUCAGCAGCAGCCAUCUCGGGAGUGCGAGGUGUGACGGCGGGAAACUGGUGGGCGGGUUGAAGCGAGGGAAUCAAACGCACAGAGAGACAGGCACACACGAAGACACGCACGCACGCACCCACAUAGACACACGCACGCAUAUGCGCAGACACACACAGAUACACACGCAUGCACAUGCGCACUCACACACAUAGAUACACACACACAUACACAUGCGCGCACACACAUAGAUACGCACACACGCACGCGCUGCACACACAUGCACGCGUGCACACAUACACACUGACAGACACACACACACAUAGACACACAUACACACCUCCACACGAACAGAAACACACGUCCACAGACUUACACAUAGACACCCUCACAUGCACACACACACAUACACCCACAAACGAGCGGGGACACACACGCAAGCACACUCAGACACAUGCACACACACACACACAUACACCCACAAACGAGCAGACACACGCGCACACACACACACACACACACACACACAUUCUGCACUGCAUCGCUGUGCGGAAGACCGACGGAGACUGUGAACGUGGGUUUACUGCUGAUUUGAAAAGCUACAGCCUUCUAGCACCUGUUGACUUUGCAAACAAGAAGAGGGGCUUGUGAAGAGGCUGGUCACACAAAGCGAGGAUGUUUUAGCUUUAAUGUGUCUUUCUAUCCCGGAUGUUCGAGCGUUCAAAAAGGGACAUCAAACCAACAUUUUUACUGUGGUGAUAAAACGGAGAGGAAACUGAGAAUCAGUCACGCAGUGAUGCAACAGUGAACAGAGAUGCAAGCUACCUUAUUUCUUUUGUAAACUAAAAUGUUUAAAUAAUAAAAAAAAUAAUUGUUAUUUACAGUA